AUGUUUAUCUUAAAUUCCGCGCACGAGAGAACUUCAGAGAUGAAGUUUACCAUUAUAUUGCUCUUCUUGUCAACUUGCUGGGCGCUCAUUCCUCAGAAAGACAUAAGGCCUGACGUUUUCGUCUUGACAGAUAUCAGCAACGAGCCUGACGAUGCACAGUCUCUUGUGAGGCUUUUGCUAUACUCUAACGAGUUGAAUAUUCAUGGAAUUGUGGCCACCACAUCAUUCUGGUUGAACUACACUGUCCGUGAACAGGAUAUAUAUCCGAUUUUAGAUGCAUAUGAGGAAGUACAUCCACAGCUUUUGAAACACUCCGAGCAUUAUCCAUCCGUAGAGUACUUGCGCAGUAUAGUAGCUUCAAGUCAUUCAGUCUAUGGAUUGGAUGCGUUCAAAAAGGAUGAAAUCAGUAGAGGAGCCAAGCAGCUAAUUGAUAAAGUUGACAUCCUUGAUCUGGGCCUGACUAUGUUUGUCAUAGUGUGGGGAGGCGCUGCAGUGAUUGCUGAGGCAUUGAGGGAGGUUAGAGCUACAAGGACGAAGGAAGAAUUACAAAUGUUUGUCUCAAAGGUACUUGUGUACUCAAUUUCGGAUCAAGAUAAUGCUGGAAAUUGGAUCCGAAUCAACUUCCCGAAACUCAGGUACAUUGCGUCUCUCCACGGGUUCAAUCAAUAUUUCAUGGCCUCAUGGAUUGGAGUUUCGGGGGAGUUGCUUGUACCUUUUGAUAUUGGCGGACCAAAGUCUGAAGUUGUCACCAAAGAAUGGUUGAACAAAAACAUUCGCUCUGUUGGUCCUCUUGGUGCAGCCUACCCUGAACCUAUGUUCAUAAUGGAAGGAGAUACUCCCACCUUACUUUAUGUUUUGCCCAAUGGUCUCAACCAGCCCCUUAAUCCCGAAUAUGGUGGAUGGGGUGGACGAUAUGUUCCACUUGAUCUUUCCAUGUAUCUGAACCACUAUUGUGACACCGUUGACACGGUGGAGGGAGAGGACGGAAAUAUCCAUAUGAGCAACAGGGCUUGUAUUUGGCGAUGGAGAGAUGCUUUCCAAAGUGAUUUCAAAACCAGAAUGCUGUGGACAGUUUCUGAAUUUGACGAAUCAUUCCAUCAGCCGAUUGUGCUGGUAAACGGUUCAAUAUCCUAUUUACCGUUGUUUUUGGAUGUUGAAGUAAGCUCAGAAGUCACCCUUGAUGCUUCUGGCUCUUACGAUUUGAACGAGAACGUAUUGUCUUUCAAAUGGUUUCAUUACAGAGAGGUAUCUGCUCUUCAAGGCAACGUUGCAGAAGUACCUGAAAUUAUUCCUAGUGCGUUAAAUGAGGAUAUGUCUUGUGUGACCUUCAAUAUUCCAGACUUCCAAAGUUCUUGCCAUGACAUUUUUGGAAGGCCAUUACUACCUUGCAAGGAGUAUCAUCUCAUCCUUGAAGUAUCGAACGCAGGCACACGGACUUACAGGCGAGUAAUAUUGAAGACUCACAAGGGUGACAGGAAAUUUGCUGAGUACAAACCACACCACAAUUUCGACGAUGUCGUCCACGAUGAGUUGUGA